UUAAAGUUAAACAAUGACUGUGAAAAUAUUUAUAGUUUAUUAUUUUUACAACGAAACUUGUGCCUCGUGAUGUAAAUUAUGUUUUUUAGUUUUGGUUCUCAAGUUAAAGUGUUUUGGUGACGAUAUAUUUUCGUUCCUUUAUCCUUUAGUAUGAAUUCUAUUCUAGCUGCUCUAAAUCCUACACCUCAGGAUAUCGAUAUGUCUUUAUCCCGCACACGUUCUCUGAUGAGUAAUAUCAACGGAGCAUCAACAAGUGCUCCAAAUGAAUCUUAUCUUCUGCAAGUUCAGGUUCAAGAAAAUAGUAAUCAUUUGCCACCCUUGAAAACUGGCCAAACCUUGGAGGAAGCUUCCAUCAAUGGACAUAACUUACAGCAACAGCAAAACAAGUCUGCUAAACAAACCACUAGUAGUAACAUUAGUAGUGCAGGUAGCAUACCCAAUCAAGUUUUACCAGCAGUCAUUCCACAGUCAGAUUUGGGACUUUUCACCCCACAUAGUCCCAAUCAAACAAAGAAUGGCUCUACCAAACCUAAGGCUAUGGUAGCCACUCCGGACCAGGUUGUAAAACUUUAUUUCAGUAAACUAACACCAUAUGAAGUGCAUGAAAUAUUUACCUAUCCCGAAAUUUAUUUCAUUGGUGCAAAUGCAAAAAAGAGACCCGGAAUCGCAAGUGCUCCAUUCAACUGUGGAUUUGAUAAUGAACAAGGUUCAUAUAUUCAUAUUCCUCAUGAUCAUGUGGGGUACAGGUAUGAAGUGUUAAAAGUGAUUGGAAAAGGAAGCUUUGGGCAGGUUGUUAAAGCAUAUGAUCACAAAUUUCAUGAGCAUGUGGCGCUGAAAAUGGUUAGAAAUGAAAAAAGGUUUCAUCGUCAAGCUCAAGAGGAAAUCAGGAUUCUAGAUCAUCUGAGAAAGCAAGACAAAGAUAAUACAAUGAACAUAAUUCAUAUGUACAAUAGUUUUACUUUCAGGAGUCACAUGUGCAUUACCUUCGAACUCCUAUCAAUCAACCUCUAUGAACUCAUAAAAAAGAACAAGUUUCAAGGUUUCAGCCUUACUUUGGUGCGCAAAUUUUCACACUCCCUUCUGCAGUGCUUAAAUGCACUUCACAGAAACAAAAUCAUUCAUUGUGAUAUGAAACCGGAGAAUGUCCUCUUAAAGCAACAAGGAAGAAGUGGAAUCAAGGUGAUAGACUUUGGAUCAAGCUGUUACGAGAAUCAGCGAGUGUACACCUAUAUCCAGUCUCGGUUCUAUCGCGCACCAGAAGUGAUCUUGGGAGCUCGGUACGGAAUGCCAAUAGACAUGUGGAGUCUUGGAUGUAUCUUAGCUGAGCUCUUGACGGGAUUCCCAUUGUUACCGGGUGAAGACGAAGCCGAUCAGCUGGCCUGCAUCAUCGAACUGCUUGGCAUGCCACCACAGAAACUACUGGACAAUUCAAAACGAGCUAAACACUUCAUAAGUUCUAAGGGUUACCCCCGCUACUGCACUGCCCUGACUCUGCCUGAUGGCAAGACAGUACUCAAUGGUGGUCAGUCACGGAGAGGCAAACACCGCGGCACACCAGGCUCCAAGUCCCUCUCUUCAGCCCUCAAGGGCUGCGACGAUCCGCUGUUCUUGGACUUUGUCAGCAGAUGUUUGGAAUGGGAUCCAGAUCUGCGUAUGACUCCCAGUGCAGCUCUUCGUCAUGCUUGGCUGCGCCGCAGACUGCCGCGUCCCCCCGCCAGUGACUCUGCAUCCCUCGGUCUGCGCACACCUGGCCCCCGCAACAACACCCUCACUUCUGUCAACAAGACUCGUGCAGUGCUCUCUGAUGAUCGAGCUAACACUAUACAUUCCCGACACUCCCAAUCAUUUUUCUCGGGAAAGUUCCCCCAGCUCUCUAGCAACGCCUUACCCCCCACGUAGCGGUCCCCCGCCCCUGUGAAUACGUUGCCUUAGAGUGAUAUAGACCACAUUGAUCUCGAUGACCCAAUUGUCUGAUUUAGUUUUAAAUUACGAUCCUAGUGUGUAUUAACUGUUGACAGUCGUACUUUUUAUUUGUCAACGAUGUGUAACUUAAUAGUGUAAUUUUAUAAAGAGCUUUCGAGAGAGGAUGUAUUGUAAAAUAAUUAGAUAUGCUAAAUAUAUGUUGGAAACUCUGUAAUACUGAGUUCGGACACUGUCUAAAUAUGUAAAAUAUGAGUUUAGCCUUUAGAAGCCAUCAGCUUUAGGACACUGAGGUUGCUAAACAGGCCUGGCUCUAGGGCAAAGAGGGCAAAAGCCAUGUUUCAAUCAGAAAUUCUCUCUACCAGAUGUCUUUGUGUAGUGUUCCUCCAUCCGCGGUCUCUAAUUAUAUCAUCUCUAUAGUUUCUUUUAGCGAAUUUCCCUAUAGGGAAGUAGCUAUUACCGUUAGUGGCACGGUAAGACCUAGGCCUAGGACCGAUUUACUUUUUCUUUUUGAUGUCCCCAGAGGCCAUAAACACCAUUCGUUCAAAUUUUUAUAUAUAUAUCCGUGAAUGCGAUAACUUGAGUAAUUUUUGUCCGAUUUUGAUGAAAUUUGGUUUAAAGAUGUAAGGCCGGAUAAACUUAGAUGAGUUCGCGUACCAGCAUGAUUGGACCAUGGGAACGGGGUUUUACGGGGGAUUUUAUGGGUUAAAAAAUGGUUGACACUCAAAACACAAAAUUUCCUGAUUUAUCUUUAGACCUUAUUAAGAAGCUUAAAAAACAAAUAAUUUAGUCCCUAUAUCAAAGUGCUUUUGUACGGUUAUUGGUAACAGAGAAAGUUCAAAAAAUUGUAAAUUUAAAAUUCCAAUGUUAUUCUCAUGGAGAAUAUUGUAAAAUGUCGUAGUUUGCUUGUUUAUGGAUAUAUUUUGAUCAAACUUGGC